AUGUCCGAACCAAUCCCCGAAGCGAUCCCAACCUCUCAAGACCCACGCAACAAACGGCCGACCAAACGACGCGCCCUCUCCCCAACCUCCGCCCAAGCUACUGCCCUAACAAACCUCUUCUCAAAGCCCGAACGAGAAAUCCACAUGCCCACCGGCCCCAAAACCAAAACCCUCCCUCCGCCUCCCGAGAUCGUCACAAACGUUCAGGGAUCCAGCGCAGGAGCUGGAUCAGGCGAAUUUCACGUUUAUAAGGCAGCACGGCGGAGAGAGUAUGAGAGGAUACGGUUGAUGGAGGAGGAGGUUGACAGGGAGAAGGCUGAGAGGGAGUUUUUGGAGAAGAUAGAAGGGAUGAGGAGAAGGGAUGAGGAGAAGACCGAGAAGAAUCGGAGGAAGAGGAGGAAGAAGGGUGAGAAAAAGGGUGGUGGGGGUGGCGCCGGGAACAUCAAGACUGUCGAUGGUGGGGCGAUAUCGAAAGGAGGAAUGGAGCAUGGGAAGCACAUAGAAGAGAGUAGUGCUGAUGGUGAGGCAGUAGUUCCAGAAGCCGAAGGAGGAGGAUUAAUCAUUCACGAUGAUGAAGACUGA